GUUCGCGUUUCAUUGCGUUUGCGUGUUGUGUUGUUGGGCCAGACAGCACCGAUGCUGCCGUCCCAUCGGCGGCAGCAUUAUUUCUACACCUCCGCCCCGCCUCAUCCAGUGGUGGCUGACGUGGCUGGGGAUGGUGACAACCCUCCUGAUGCUGAUGCCGAUGCCGGUGCUGGUGUGGAGACCUCUGCGGCCGUCAUGCCGUCCGCUGAUGGGCCGGACGAGGGGCAGAGAGGCUCGAAUACGACGCCGACAGGUCAGUGGGCGUCAAAAUCUCACAACUCAUUUGUGUUGUCAAUCUCAUUGUGUGGACGUUGGUAUUUCAGAGCGUUUGAUUCGGGACAGUGAUGAGGCAGCCGCUGCGGUGCGUGUGCUCGAAGGACUGCUCCCGCCGCCCACAGCCAGCUCUGCCGAGUGGACUCAUAUGAGGCGGAGGAGCAACAUACAGAUCGACGCGACCGAGGCCGCCUACUACCUGGACAAAGCAAUCAAAGCGGUCAGCUGCAGCCAGCCAGACAGGCGCAUACAGAGAGAGACUCUGUUCGUGUGUGUGUGUGUGUGUGUGCAGGAGAGUGCUCGUGCCAAGCAACAGAUGCUCAACAAGGCACAGAUCCGCCUCGACGCCCUCGAAAAGUUCGCGCAGAACCUGGCCACGAAAGGAUCGCUGUCGGCGGACGAGAGAGAGCAGUUCUGCCUCACGCAGGACAAGCUGCCGCCGCUGCGCCGCCUCAAGCGGAAGGCCGAAGCCACUAUCUCACUCUCAGGUGGGCGAGUAUUCCCAUCUUCGUGCGGCACACGCACCCAUCUGUGUGUGUAUCUCUCUCUCUCUCUCCCCCUUCGUGCGUGUGUGUGUGUGUGUGUGUGUGUCUUACAGGAGAGCAUUUGCAAUAGAUCAUCUCUUUGCGGUAACUAUGUAUAGUGUUAGUGACGGCGGUUUGUAGACAUAGAGGCGAG